AUUUUUGGCCAUAUUUUCUUCAAAAUUUGGCCAUAAGCUGUUGUGUUCAUGUGGCAACACUGGCACAGCUCACGCCACAGUCGCCCUUACAUUCCAUCACAACAACACGCCUGCUGGUCUUCUAAAACAAAAAUGGUGCCAGACAGCAAAAUAGAGGCCAUUGGACGGGUGUUGAAAGAUCAGAAUCGUCCACUGAAGGAACGCUUCCGUGCCCUCUUCACUUUGAAGAAUCUUGGUGGAGAAUGUGCCAUUGCUUCUAUAUCACAGUGUUUUACUGAUCCUUCUGUGCUCCUAAAACAUGAACUAGCUUACUGCCUUGGACAAAUGCGAGAUACUCGAGCUAUCCAAACUGUAGAAAUAUUAAAAGACGUUGAACAGGAGCCCAUGGUGCGUCAUGAAGCUGGAGAGGCACUUGGAGCUAUAGGAGACCCAACAGUUUUAGAUCUCUUAAGAAGUUACAGUAAGGAUCCAGUUACUGAAGUAGCAGAGACUUGCCAGCUUGCAGUAGGCAGAAUAGAAUGGUUGCAAAGUGAAUCAAGUAAAGUUGAAAAGUUUGAUGGUGCUGAUCAGUUUUUCUCUAUUGAUCCUGCACCACCUGCAAUGGAGACCAAUGUUGAUAAAUUGAGAGAGAUGUUAGUUGAUGAAUCCCUUCCUCUUUUUGAUAGGUAUCGUGCUAUGUUUUCUCUUCGCAAUUUAAACACCCAGGAGAGUGCAAAAGCUCUUGCUAUGGGAUUUAAAUGUAACAGUGCCCUCUUUCGCCAUGAAAUUGGAUAUGUAUUGGGUCAAAUGUCCAAUGAUAUUGUAGUAGAAGAGUUAGCAGCUGUUGUGCAAGAUGAAAAAGAAAAUGAAAUGGUGCGACAUGAAGCUGCUGAGGCUCUUGGUUCAAUAUCUACAGAAGCAGCAGUGGCAGUACUUAAAGAAUAUCUUGGAGACAAAGCUAGGGUUGUAAGGGAGAGUUGUGAGGUAGCAUUAGAUAUGUCUGAGUAUGAAAAUAGCUCAGAAUUUCAAUAUGCUGAUGGACUGCUUAAGGUAGAGCAGAAUGAAAAUGAAAUGACUGGAUAGUCUUGAAAUAAAGAUGGUAGGUUGCAA